CGAUUCCCAUACAGAACCCCUUCUUCCUCCUCCCGCCAUGGACGCCAUGAAGAUCCUCACCAGCUUAGCUCUCUUCCUCUCCUUCCUCCUCGUAAUCAAACUCUUCAUAACCAACAAGAACAAGAAGAGGGAGAAGAAGAAGCCGCCUCCAAGCCCUCCUAAUUCGUUUCCCAUCCUCGGCCACCUCCACCUUCUCCAGAAACCCCUCCACCAAUCUCUUGCAAGUCUCUCCACCCAGCACGGCCCGAUCCUCCUCCUACGCUUCGGAAACCAUCCCGCCCUCAUCGUCUCCUCCGCCUCCAUCGCCAAUGAAUGCUUCACCACCAACGACAUCGCACUCGCAGACCGCCCUCAUUUCCCUUCCAUGGCCGUCAUAACCUACAACCACACCAGCCUCCCCUUCGCCGCAUACGGACCCCACUGGCGCGAAAUGCGCCGAAUCGCCACCGUCGAAGCUCUUUCGGGCCCCCGCCUCGCCUUCUUCUCCGAUAUUCGGGCGGACGAGGCUCGAUCCCUGGCCCGAAGCCUCUUCCAUUCCUCGGGGAAAGUGGAGAUCAGUUCAAGCUUGUUCGGGCUUGCAAUGAAUGUCAUGAUGAGGAUUAUAGCAGGGAAGAGGUAUUAUGGGGAGAAAGGUGAAAAGGAGGAGGCGCAUAAUUUCAAGGACGUGAUAGAGAAGAUCUUCUCGCUUACCGGCGCGAACAACGUCGGAGACUUUUUGCCGGCGGCGAUCGGGUGGUUUGCACGUCGAGAAGUGGAUAAAAAGUUGGCGAGAUAUCACAAGUACAGGGAUGAAAUUGUUCAGUCACUUAUAGAAGAGCACAAGAUGAGAAGAAGAGAAGAGGAGGAAGAAGAAGAAAAAGAAGGGGGAUUGAAGCAGAAGCAGAAAAUUCAUAAAACCAUGAUUGAUGCUCUGCUCUCUUUACAGGACGAACAGCCGGAGCAGUACACUGAUGUCUUCAUUAAAUCGCUUAUUAAUAGCUUAAUCGCAGCGGGCACAGACACUUCAUCAAACACAAUAGAAUGGUCGAUGUCUCUCUUACUAAACAAUCCCGACAAAUUAGAGAAGGCGAGGCAAGAGAUCGAUGACCAAAUCGGACAUGAUCGCCUCCUCGAAGAAUCAGAUCUCAUCAAACUUCCAUACCUCCACUGCAUCAUCAACGAAACCUUCCGUCUGUAUCCCGUCGCCCCUCUCCUCAUCCCUCACGUAGCAAGAGAGGACUGCGAGAUCGGAGGCUACGCCGUGGACCGAGGAACUCUGCUCUUAGUAAAUGUUCAUAAAAUCCAUAGAGAUCCUGCGAUUUGGUCUGAACCGACCAAAUUUCUCCCCGAAAGAUUUCAAAAUGCGAAGGAAGAAGAAGGGUCGAAGAUGACGAUGAUGCCAUUUGGGAUGGGGAGGAGGAGAUGUCCGGGAGAAGGGCUUGCAUUGAAGGAGAUUGGAUUAGUGUUGGGGAUUCUAAUCCAAUGCUUUGAGUGGAAGAGGAUUGGAGCAGAAGAGGUGGACAUGACGGAAGGGUCAGGACUUACAAUGCCGAGAGCUAAGCAUCUUGAAGCUCUGUGCAGGCCACAUCAAUAUAUGAUGAAUGUGUUGUCUCAGAUAUGACUUUUUAGUUCAACUUUAUGGUGAGAUUAAUAAGAAUAAAAAGUAUUUUGCUUGAUUUGUUUUAUUAUGUUUGUGAGAAAAGGAUUAUGUAAGCUUUUAGACUGUACUAUGGAGAAAUAAAAUUUUAAAAAUUAUAUACUUCA